CGCGGUCUUUUCCCCAGGCCCCGCCCUCGCCCUGUUGUAUAAGAGCGACGCUGGCGCGGGUCACCAGUGGUCUUCGGUCCUGCUGUCCGGUGUGUACGUGUACGUAGUUCGAGCCUGCUGCGCUCGUAGUCUAUCUAGUUAGCUCUUCCUCAUCGCGGGUUCGAGCACCUGGUCGGUCUGUUUUUGGGUUCGCGACCGUCACCUCAAUGCUGUUCGAUAAGGUGAAGGCGUUCGUGGUAGAGCUGGAUGGGACACGCGCGGGCGCCGAGCCCGUGUUCCACGGAGGCCAGGCCGUGGCGGGCCGGGUAUUGUUGGAGCUGGCGGGCGCGGCACGAGUGGGCGCGCUCAGGCUGCGCGCUCGGGGGCGCGCGCGCGCGCACUGGACAGAGUCGCGCAGCGCAGGCUCCAGCACUGCUUAUACUCAGAGUUACAGCGAGCGCGUGGAAGUCGUGAACCACCGCGCCACGCUGCUCGCGCCAGACUCGGGGGACAUCGCCAUGCUUCCCGCUGGACGCCACGAGUUUCCCUUCAGCUUCCAGCUGCCUAUCUCCCUGGUGACAUCCUUCGAGGGCAAACACGGCAGCGUUCGCUAUUCCAUCAAAGCCACCCUGCACCGGCCAUGGGUCCCUGCACGCCGCGCCCGGAAGGUGUUCACUGUCAUUGAACCCGUGGACAUAAACACACCUGCCCUGCUGGAACCCCAGGCUGGAGCCCGGGAGAAAGUGGCACGAUCCUGGUACUGCACCCGUGGCCUGGUGUCUCUCUCAGCCAAGAUUGACCGUAAAGGCUACACUCCAGGUGAAGUCAUCCCUAUCUUUGCGGAGAUUGACAAUGGUUCCACGAGAGCUGUGCAGCCCCGCGCCGCCCUAGUACAGACACAGACCUUCAUGGCCCGAGGUGCCCGCAAGCAGAAAUGUGCUGUGGUGGCCAGCGUGGACGGGGAGCCUGUGGGCCCUGGUCGCCGUGCGCUCUGGCCUGGUCGUGCGCUGCGUAUCCCCCCAGUGGGCCCGUCCAUCUUGCACUGCCGGGUACUCAGUGUGGACUACUCCCUCAAGGUACCCAGACUCCCCUACAUGCUAUCGUCCGGACUGAGGGGGAACGCACAGGUGGGCGUCAGCCCACUUUGCUGCUGCUCCCUUCAGGUCUGUGUGGACAUCCCAGGCUCUUCCAAGCUGCUGCUGGAGCUGCCGCUGGUCAUCGGCACGGUCCCCCUGCAUCCUCUGGGCAGCCGCUCCGCUAGCGUGGGCAGCCGUGCCAGCUUCCUGCAAGACUGGGGCCUGUGCGCCCUGAUGGAGCGGCCAGAGGCCCCUCCUGAGUACUCAGAGGUGGUGAGGGAGAGCCGGCCCGUAGCGGCAUCACAGGGCCUCUUCUCCUUCCUGCAUGACCCUGAUGUGACCACAGAAGGGCCCUACUUUGCCUGUCUCCAGGAGUUCCGCUACCGCCCGCCUCCUCUGUACUCGGAGGAGGAUCCUAACCCACCCUCGGAGGCUGCAAGGCCACGCUGCAUGACCUGCUGAUCCACGGGCUGACACCUCGGUAACGGUUCACACGUCUUUGGCCACUGCAGUCCUGCCACCUGCUUUGGGAACACAGGGUUAGAUGAGGUCUUGUGUCUUCCAAUGUCGUACAGGACUUAGAAGCAGCACAUGGCUUCCGUGGACAGGUCAAAGCUUCUGGUUCUCUGCAUUGACCCACCAGGAGCCAGCAGUGCUAGGGAGAGAGAUGAGUCUAGGGGUGGACACUUCAGCCUCAUGGGACCAGAAGCCGCUAGAAGUCCAGAGGGGAGGCAGAAGGCUUCCAAAGGGCAUUUCAGCGGAGGCUCUAACGUCCGCUCAGCACGCAGGCAGCACAGAGCCAAUGGUCAGAGCAGACAGUGCUUACUCCUUCUUCCUGGGGUUGGGAGCCCAGGCGUUUAAGUGCCUUAGACAUGGCCUCCCUGUGAGGUUAGCAGGACAGAGGGCCUCAUGGACAGACACAAAGGGGAAGUCGGUGGGACCUGAGGGUCCAGGAGUUCCAACUUUUGAGGACCGAGGACUGGUGGUCCAGAUGAGCCCAGAGCUGUGGUUGUGAUCUGCCAUCCAUGUUCAGAACCUCAAGCCUCCCUCAGGGAUCAAGAUCCAGACAAAGACAUCGCAGGGAGGACAGGCGACUGGGGGCAGCUGGGCACCCCCACCCCCCACCCUAGACCUGGUCGGAACUUGCCAUUUUCACGGUUUGAAGAAUGGACCACUUUUGUAUAUUAAUAAAUAAAUAAACAAAUGAGGAAGA